GGGACCAGGCAGUUAAAUCAGAACAGAUUGCAAGUAGUACUGGAUAUUCAUCGGAGAAAGAACUGGGUAUAAAUUUAGUUCAACUCCAGCUUUUCGGAGUUCCAGCAUCGAAACCUGUUAUUUUUCAUGAAUCACAUGGCCUAACCCAUGUGGACGUGGAAGAAAGAGAAAAUACAAUUAUUGUACCAGCAUUCAUUAUCAUGGGAAUGCUAAGACCUCACGGUCUUGUCUUAGCUAAGAAAUUCGAUAAGCCUAAGACAUUUGCUCG